AAUUUUAUUCACAUUUCAAUUGAUGAUUACGGUCAUCCUGAUUCUUUUCAUUGAAUUAUAAUGUCAAGUGAAAUAAUACCGGCUAAUACAUCUGUAAAUAAUCGUAACCACGGGGUAUUUAAUGAUGAUAUAGGUGAUGGAGAUGGUAUACAUGAAAAAUCAAUACAUGAUUCUAUUUGUGUUCUAACAUUAAAUGAUGAAGAUAUUACUAUGAAUAAUAAUGAUAAUACCAAUGAAACAGCUAGUAAUAAACUUUCUAUUAAUCAUAAUAUUAAAGAUAAUAAAUCAUUCAAACAUUCAAAAUCUUCUAUCUAUCAUAUUGAUAACAAUAUUCAAAACAAAUUAACAAAGAAUUUAACUGGAAAAGUAAUUUCUAAUACAAACUGUGAUAAAUCUAUCACGGAUACAAAUAGUUGUUAUUUAACAUCAACGGUACAAUUGCAUUCUGAUGAAAGCACAUACAGUGAUGAUCAUAUUCCUAUAUGUUCAAAUAGAUCGAAUAAACAAUUAUUACAAACUACUGGUACGAUGAAUAGUAAUGCAAUGAUUUGUAAACAUACUGGAAAGGAAAAACAUUUCGUAAUAAAAGAACAAGAAAUACCUACAAUAUUAGACAAACCGAAUGGAAUAUCCUGUAUAAGUAAUGUGAAUCCCAAUGUUUUAUCAGUGUUUAGAGGUUAUCCAGAAAAUAAUUCAAUCAUUACUACAGCCUCACCAGUAGCAUCAACAAAAUCAGGAACAUUAACAGAUUUAAAAAUAAACAACGAAAUUUCAACAACAUAUAGUCAACCAUCAUCGGAUAAUGAUAAUGCACAUGACAUUUAUAGUUGUAAUUAUCCAAAUGAUGCCAGUAUUUAUCACAGAAAUCCCAGUGGAUACAUUGAUGAUAUUGUUACUUCUGACAUUCAUAAAAUAAAUUCAAGUUGUAAUGGUAACAGUUCACUUAAACAACAAAAUCUUGACAAUUUUUUCAAAACUAAUAUGAAAUCACAAGUUUCUUGUUCAACAACAACAAUAGCAGUAUCAAUCAAUACAUCACCGAUCUCCUCAUCAUCAUUUAGUGUCAACCAAUCAAAUAGUCUUGAGUCAAAUCAACAUCAACGACAGAAACAAAUACAUCAUGAUCAUAGAACUCUUGUCUCUUCAUUAUGUCCAUCUGAUUCUCCUUAUUUGUUAAGUCAAUGUUCAAGUAAAUUUGCUAAGAAAAGACCGGUUACUACUACUACUACUACUACUACUACUACUACUACUACUACCACUACUACUACUACUACUAAUAAUAAUAAUAAUAAUAAUAACUCUACAGUACACGAUCACAAGGUAAAUGGAAAUGAUAUAAACCAUCAUUUACAUUCACCAACUUCAAUUAGCAACAAUCCAAAAACUCAUUGUCUAACAACUACUAAAAAGAAUGCUAAUAGUCAUAAUGAUAACAACAAUUAUGAGCAUUCAACAAAUAAUUCAUAUGAUAUAAACAUAACAGUGAAUAAUAGUAAUGAUAAUAAUAAUAAUAAUGAUAAUUACAUUGAUGAAACCAAUUUAAUAAUCAAUUACUUACCACCAUAUAUGUCACAAGAAGAAGUCAAAGUAUUAUUUUCUACAUGUGGUAAAGUUGAAAGUUGUAAAUUAAUACGUGAUAAAACGAGUGGUGAAAGUCUUGGUUAUGCAUUUGUAAAAUAUUCACAAUCAAAUGAAGCACAACAAGCAAUAAAUACAUUGAAUGGUUUGUCAUUACAAAAUAAAACAAUUAAAGUAUCAUUAGCUAGACCAAAUUGUGAAUCAAUUAAAGGUGCAAAUUUAUAUAUUUGUGGUUUACCUAAAACAAUGACACAAAAUGAAUUAGAACAUUUAUUUAGUCAAUAUGGUCGUAUUAUAACAGCACGUAUAUUAUAUGAUAAUAAGACAGGUAUAUCACGUGGUGUAGCUUUUAUACGUUUUGAUCAUCGUUAUGAAGCUGAAUUAGCUAUACAACAAUUAAAUGGUCAUCAGCUACCAUCUGAAUAUUCAAACGAUAUGCUAAAUAGACCAAUUACCGUGAAAUUUGCCAAUUCACCAAGUUCAAUAAAAUUUGAUAAUCUUAGUCUUGUAUUAUUAAAACAAGCAGCUCAAUUACAAGCUAUUACAACGUCUACUGCUAUGCCAUCACCAUUAUCACGAAAUGCUACUUCAGCAGUUAUCGCAGCAGGAUUAUUAAAUCCACUACAACAACGAAUAGCUGCAAUAUCAAAUCGAUUAAAAUAUUCUAUUACAUCACCUAGUUCCACUGAAACAGAUCUACUUUCAACAAUCGCUAUGACCAAUUCAAUUUUAGCACCGACAAUUGUAGCAAGUACUGGUGGCUUAACAUCUAAUGGUUGGUGUAUAUUUGUGUAUAAUUUAGCUCCAGAAGUAGAAGAAUCUAAUUUAUGGCAACUAUUUGGUCCAUUCGGUGCUGUACAAUCUAUUAAAAUUGUAUAUGAUACAACUAAUAAUAAAUGUAAAGGUUUUGCUUUUGUUACAAUGAGUAAUUAUGAAGAAGCUGUAUUAGCUAUUCAUUCAUUAAAUGGAUUUGUAUUACAUAACAGAAUUUUACAAGUAUCAUUUAAAAUAACUAAUAGUAAAUCAAGAUCAUUUGCAUUAAGUGCAUUAUCAUCAUCAUCAUUAUCGACUCAAUCAAAUUCCAUACCUUUUGAUACAUCCAUAAAUUCAUUAAAUAUACAACAAACAUUAUCAAAUCAACAUGAUCAUUUUAAUUCAGAGAAAAUAAUUAACACCAAAAAUUCACUGAUCAUUGAUACACCAGUGACAAAUAAUUAUGAAAAACAACAAACACAACUUCAACAACAUACAUCACAAUUAUAUCAUCAAAAUAAUCUACAAAAUAAUGGAAAAACAUUUUCCACCGAAUUAAAUGAUCAUAAUUCUAUCAAAUCAAUCAUUACAGAUACACAAAAUAAAUCUAUAUCCCCUAAAAAUUCAUCUAUCCAAUUAGUAACAAAUAGUUUUAAGAAAGCGAGUAGUAUUAACAGUAAAUAUAUUAAAACAGUAUUAAAUGAUAAAACACAAACAGAAUUAUUUGAUCCAUUCAUAAUUGAACAAUUACCAGUGAAAUCAAAACAUAUAGAUUUGGUAAAUAAUUCAAACAAACAAACAAAUAAGAGUAGAAAUUCACAAAAGAAAAAAGAAUACGGUGAUUCUAAAAAAAAUAACAAACUGAACAACAGUCUGCAAUAGUAAUCACUUGUAGAAUGUAAUAGAAAAAAAAGGAUAGAAGCAAAUAGUAAGGUCUUAUGAACCAGUAGUAGAUCAUUAUUGAUUAGAGAGAGAGAGAGAGAGAAAGAGAAAGAGAAGGAUUUUAUGCCUUCAUUUUUCAAUGUUCAUUUUAUUCUUUGUAAACUUAAUGUCUAUUUAGUUCUUUUUUUUUUCUUCUUUGAUUUCAUUUGAACUUAUUAUAUUAGAUGAAAUCCAGUGUUAAAUUUUAACGAUCAGUUUAUAUUUCUAUUAUUCUAUUUAUCUUAUGUUUAGUUCAUGUUAAACACUUUGUACUGUAGUAAAGUGAUAGAAAUUGGUAAAUUUAGUACUAAUAACUAAUUAACUAACUUGUGUAGUGUUGUAAUGAAUCUACUAAAGCAAUGAAAUAUAUUACUUUAUUGGUUUUAUG